CACGCACACACACACACGCAGUACGACACGUUGGGCGGCAUCCCUUGCAAGGCUCCGCGUCGGGACGAGGAGCGACGGUGGCAGGUGUUGAUCUUAGGGUUCAGUCAAACACUGGAAGCUAUCAAGAUGACUCGCUGGGAGGGCAUGGUGUUUCUGGUGGCGGCGGUGGCGGUGGUGAUGUCGGGGCUGGCGGCGGCGGCGGAAGAGAAGUCUGAGGAGGAGCUUCCCAAGACUUCAGCGUUGAGGCGCCCGCGACCCCCCUCCUCGUCCUCCUUCGGUGUCAAGCAGUCCUACGACCUGAGUGAAGCCUACAACGUUAUGGCAGCUAACCGCAUGGGCGUCGGCAGCGGGUUCAGCAAUGGAGCCUCGUCCAGGGGCGGCAGCAGCAAGGUCAACCGUGACAGCUAUGACACUUUGCAUGGCGGGGACAGCUCGGCACAAUACUACGAAUCGUACUCCCAACCAACUGACUACGGUGGCUACCCCAGCGAGAGCGGCUACGGGUUGUCUUGCGCCUCGGGUUACGUGAACGCCUCCGCUGUGGCUCUUCUCGCAUUCCUCUUUCUCCUAAACAUCGUGCAGGACGUGGUGCAGCAGAUCACGAGUAACAGGAAGCGACGCAGCGCGGAGGAGGACGAUCAGGAGGAUAUUUUCGCCUUCGUCAGCAACGGUGGUUUGGAGGCCAUGAAGGAGGGGAUGCCACAGGUCGUCCUUCCGCUUAUGAUCGAUCUCCUGGACGCUACUGAGGCGCCGCACGAAUGUCUGCAGAGGCCGCUGUGCGAGGCCAACGCAGAGCUGUCGACCCGCUUCGGCGUGGCUGGGCGGAUGGUGGGUUCCCUGCUCUCCAACGUCAUGAGCAAGGCCUUCUCCGGUGAUCACAACCCCAAGUUCCAUCUCGGGCUGCAGGCUUCCUUGGCGGGGCGCAAUGGACACGAAUGCUCCACGAAGUUCCCUAAAUGUUCCCGAGGCCACAAAUACUCGAAAGAAGCCAAUGAGAGUCGCCAGGAGGGUCUUAACUCGGACCUUCACUCCCAGCAGGAAAGCAGACCGAUGGAUAACUUAGUGUCGUAGCGCCUCGGCCGGAUAACGAAGACGAGGAGCACAUCGCAUCUCACUACCGGGCAUUGUUUGUGGGGUCGAAGUGAAGGCAAAACGAGCCCCGCUGUGAGUUACUUCGAGUGUGAGAGUAAAUGGAUUGUCGUCCUGCUCACACCGAGACGUCGUUUCUCGGAUUAACUUCAAGAAGCAUCGAAAAGGCAUUAAGAGAUGACAUUUUUUGUGUGAUUUAGAUAAUAAGACUUUCCGCAUUGCAAUCCACCACAUACGUACAUACAGACAUACAUACAUACAUACAUACAUACAAACACACAUACACACAAAAAAAUGAAAAUAAAACAUCACUCAUACAAUCAGAUCCCAGAAGAGUAUCAAUAAAGAGUUUUAACAUUAA